AUGGAGCUCACCUUCACCAAGAUCAAACGCUCGACAAGUUACCCGACAAUAGAUUCGUCGAGGCCUGAACUUUCUGUCAAAGCUAAGACUGUUUAUGUGACGGGUGCAGCGCCUGGCAGCAUUGGUGCGGGCAUCGCUGCUGCUUUCGCGAAGGCGGGCGCUGCCAAAAUUGGCCUCUUCGACAGGAGCGAGCAGCAUUUGCAGCAGACGAAGGAGUCUCUGCUCGAGACGCAUCGCGAACUCAUCGUCUUUACUCAUACGUUAGACAUCGCCGAGGCUCCAAGCGUGGGCAUUGCAUCGCAUUGGGCUAGAGUCGAGAUUGGAGCAUGGGACGUAUUUGUCAAUUGCGCGGCGGACUACUCGCCGACACCGUCAACCAUUCAAGGAAGUGACGAAGACGACUGGUGGAAGAGCUUCGAGACCACGGUCCGCUCGGUACAGCAUUUCUCAAAAUCGUUUAUGCCAAAGGCCCGGCCGAACGCCACCUAUAUCUCUCUCAACGCUGGGACAGGCGUCGGACCUGCACAGCUCUAUCCGAAAGUUUCAGCAUAUUCGGCCGCAAAGUUGGCAGCUGCAAAACUCGACGAUUACCUCUCUGUCGAAAACCCCCGCCUGAGGGUCUUCACGCUGAACCCCGGUCUGGUUGAUACACCACUUUUCCGAGCGCAGCAGCAAGACCCUGAAACACGAGAAAACGUACCGCUGCAUGACAUCAGCUUGCCGGCCGAUACUUGUGUCUGGCUAGCAUCGGGCGAGAGCGAGUUCCUGAGAGGGCGCUUUGUAUUUGCCAGUUACGAUGUCGAUGAGCUGCUGCAACGGAAAGCCGAAAUCGAAGCUGACCCUUUCUCACUCAGGCUUUGUCUGGGAGGAACCCGCUAG